AUGGUACUUACACAACCAAGAGGACCCUCCUCCCGAGAUCCUGACAAGUUUCCAGCUGCGCAAUUGUUCCUGCUUGCUCUCGUAAGAGUAGCGGAACCAAUCGCGCUCACCUCCAUCUUCCCCUACGCCUGGAAGCUCGUCCUCAACUUCCAUGUCGGCGGCAAAGACCAGGCCAGCUUCUAUGCUGGCAUCCUCAUCUCGGCUUUCGCCUUGGCGGAGUCGAUCACGGGGAUGUACUGGGGAGGACUUUCGGAUAAGCUAGGUCGCAAGCCGGUGUUGAUCAUGGGAUGCUUCGGUACGAUCGCUUCCCUCCUUGUUGUGGGCUUCUCCAUGAACUUCUGGAUGGCACUGUUCGGGCGUAUGCUAGGUGGUGCGCUCAAUGGCAACAUCGGAGUUGUUCAGACAAUGGUCGGCGAGUUGGUGGUCAAUCCGAAGCACGAACCCAAAGCAUACGCGGUAAUGCCAUUCGUGUGGUCUGUAGGAACGAUCGUGGGCCCAUCAAUUGGUGGCUACUUCGCUACGCCGGUCGACAACUUCCUGGGCACUUUCUCUUCAGAUGGACUGUUCGGACGCUUUCCGUACCUCCUGCCGAACUUGAUCUGCGCCGGAUUGAUGGGUAUCUCCAUCAUUUCAGCCUGGCUGUGUCUCGAGGAGACGCACCCAGACAAGCAGCCAGGAAGCGCACCGUCCGAAUCGGAGCAGGAAGAGGAAGAGGAGCAGGAAUUCUUCCGCCACUUCCGAGCAGACUCCUCUGCCAUGACCAUGCAGGCAUCAGACACGACUCCAGGCGUCAAUCUGACACAAGAGAGCUACGGCACCUUCAACGCCGUCUCCGAAGACGCCAUCGAGGAAGAAUGGGAUCUCAAGCCGGACGGCACGAGCAGAACUCCGAGCAUGGACGAAGGGACACAGCAGAAGUGGCUCACGAAGCGCGUUAUCAUGCUCACUAUUGCUUUGGGGAUCUUCACCUACCACUCCAUGACAUAUGACCACUUGCUGCCCAUCUUCUGCCAAGACGACCGAGCGACUGCGGGAGGCGAGGAGAUGAUGUCGAUGCUUGCCGCAUCAACAGCGAACAGAAAUGGUUCUCUCGCUGGCGGUCUGGGUUUCAGCAUCAAGGACGUCGGCUUCAUCAUGACUAUCAACGGCGCCAUCGCUCUGUUCGUGCAAGGAGUCAUCUUCCCCGUCAUGGCCAGUUUGCUGGGCGUCUGGAAGACCUUCCUGGUGGUCUCGAUCCUUCAUCCGAUCGCUUACUUCAUCGUGCCCUUCCUGACACUCCUGCCGCCGAACCUGGUCUUGCCUGGUCUCUACGCCUGCUUGGCAGUCCGCAACUGCCUCUCUAUUCUCGCCUACCCGGUGCUCCUCAUCCUGAUCAAAGAAGCAUCACCCGGACCCAGCUCCCUCGGCAAGAUCAACGGCCUCGCAGCCUCCACCGGCGCCGCCUGCCGCACCAUCGCUUCGCCUGUCGCUGGUAUGCUGUACGGCAUCGGCAUUCAGAUCGGUUUCACGGCUAUCGCGUGGUGGGGCAGCGCCCUCGUUGCCGCUAUCGGUGCGAUCCAGGCCCUGACGAUUGCCAGGAACAGCAAGGGCGACCAGCAUCACGUCCGACCGGUCGCUCCUUGUAGAUUUAUGGGCGAGACGGACGAGCAGAGGGUGAGGCGGAAGAGGAGUGUGGUUCACAUUCGCGUCAGCGAUAGUGGGUACGCUAGCGAAGAGGAGGAGAGGACGCCAUUGAUGAGGCGGGAGAACGUUUGA